AUGAAAUUUUCUAUAAAUAUAAAUACAUUUGUAUUUCUAUAUAUCAAUUUGGUUUUUUUUAAUAUGGCUCAUAAAAAUGUUUUUAAUAAAGAUAGCAAAGUAAUAAAAAGUAAAAUGAAAAAUUCAAAAAGAAAAAUAUCAAAUAUUUAUUUUAUAACUCAAAAUAAAAAAAUUAAUAAUAAAUUGACCCUUAGAAAAAACAGGAAAAGUAAUUAUUUAAAUCAAAAUACAAAUUAUGAAGUAAAAGAAAAUAUUAAUUUGGAUAUAGAUCAAAAUAUAAAUAAUAACGAAGCUUUCUAUAAAAAAGAAAAUGUUUUGUGUAAUAAAAAAAUGAAAUUAAUAUUGCAAGUAUUAAAUAGAACAAAAUGGUUUGAUUUCAAAUUUUUUUCACCAGCAAAAAUUAAUUUAUUUUUAAGACUAAAAGAAAAAAAAGAUGGAUACAACGAAAUAUCAACUUUAAUGCAUUCAAUAAAUUUAGGUGAUGAUCUUUUUGUAACAAUAUUAAAUAAGGAAAACCAAAAAAAGUUAAGAAAUUUGUUGCAUCAAUGUUCCUCUGGAGAUUUCUUAACUAUAAAAAAAAGUAAAAAAUGUAAAAUUAAACAUAAAAAUACUUAUACUAAGAAAGAAAAAGACUUAUAUUAUAACAAUUAUCCAUUAAACGAUGAUAAUAUAAUUAUAAAAAUUUUAAAAAAAUACAGAGAAGAAUUAAAUAUUAAUGAUGAUAUAAAAUUUUUAGUUCAUGCAAAUAAAAGAAUACCCAUAUUUGGUGGGUUAGGAGGAGGAUCUUCUGAUGGUGCAACAAUUUUUUAUUUUUUAGAAAAAUACUUUUAUAAAUAUUUAAAGUUAAAUACGUUAAAAAGUGAUUUUUUAAAAAAAAUUGGUAGUGAUAUAUCUUUUUUUGAUAGUUCAGGUUUUGCAUAUUGUACAGGUAAAGGUAAUGACAUAAUUGACUUAAAGAAUGUUUUUUCUGAUAUUAUAAAAGAUAGAAUAUAUUUAUUUCAAUUUAAUGAAGGUUUAUCAUCUAAAUUAGUUUAUGAAAAUGUUGAUUACAACAAAAUAAUACAAUAUAAUCCAGUAGAUUUAUUAGAGAAUAUUAUUAAUUCAAAUAAUAAUAUCACUGAAAUUAUUAAAGAAAAAGAGAAAAAAUAUAUGAAAUCAUUUGUUAAAAUUGAAAGUAAAGAUCUACAUAAAAUAUUUAUAAAUGAUUUAGAGCAUUCAGCUUUCUUUUUGGCGAAAAAGCUAAAAGAAAUUAAAAAAAUUUUAGUUGAUCAAAAUAUUUUUCAAGUUGUAACUAUGAGUGGGAGUGGUUCAACAUUAUUUGCCAUACCAAAAAAUAAUAUUAAUUUAGAUUUAGAAAAAAUUCAAAUUAAAAAUUUAAUUGAACAUAUACAGGAAAAAUUAAAUGUAAAAAUAAAAAUAUAUUUAUGUAAUAUUUUAAGAAAGAAUGAAAAAAUUUGGUACAAACCAAAAAAAAUUGCAGAAGUAAUAAAAUAA